AUCUCUGUAUUUUUCUGGGUGGCGGGCCUACUACACGUUAUUGGAGUGUGAUGGUUUUAUCACAUGGCCACUGCCGCACUACCCAACACUACACCUCCGGCAUCACUGGAUGUCAGUCAGCCAGGCUUCAAAAAAGAAAUCCUUGGAACUAAAUUAGAAGUUAAAUAUUUAUGUUCUGACUGCAAGAAUAUCCUGCGCAGACCUUUUCAGGCCCAGUGUGGCCAUCGCUACUGCUCCCAUUGUCUACGAAAAAUUCUUAGCUCUGGCCCACAGAAGUGCGCGGCGUGUGUCCAGGAAGGAAUAUAUGAGGAAGGUGUGUCACUAAUAGAGAGCAGCUCAGCAUUUCCCGAUAACGCAGCCCGUCGAGAGGUAGAGAGCCUCCCUGCAUUGUGUAAAAAUAAUGGCUGCUCUUGGACCGGCACUAUUAAGGAAUAUGAGGCAAACCAUGAAGGGAAAUGCCCAUAUAUGCUGGUACCGUGCCCAGCCUGCAAAGAACUGAUCCGCUGCCUUGACAAAGACUGGCACAACGAGAGAGAGUGCCCGGAAAGAAAGCUAAACUGCAGAUACUGCAAGCUGUCCUUUUACUUUCCAGAGAUUAAGGCUCACGAUGAAAUCUGCCCAAAGUUUCCCAUGACGUGCGAAGGCUGUGGGAAAAAGAAAAUUCCCAGAGAAAAGUUCCAAGAUCACGUUAAAUCAUGUGGCAAAUGCCGAGUGCCGUGCCGCUAUCAUGUUGUGGGAUGUGCGGAGAUGGUGGAGAACGACAAAUCUUUGGAACAUGAAAACAAGAGCCUGGCUGAACAUUUGGCCAAAGUACUUGAAGUUAUUCAGCAGAACAAAAAGGAGCAUGUGGAGCUGUCCCACCGAAUGGGUUCACUGUCUGUGCAGGGCAGCCCAGCGUCACUCUCCAGCAAAAACCCAUCUUCAGCAUUGGACCCAUCCAAGGGAUUGGAUACACAGUGGAUGUUUGGAAUGCUUGAGAAACAGAUGAUAACGUUCGAGAACAUAGUGUGUGUGCUCAACAAAGAGGUGGAACGGACGUCUUCCGUGGUGGAAGAGCUAAUGAGGCAACGACGCUCCGAUCAAGAAAAAAUGGAUGGCUUAAAUACCAAGGUUCGGCAGUUGGAAAGAACCAUUGGCCAAAAAGAUGUUCUCAUGACGGAAAUGGAAACCCGACUUCAAGAGAUCGAUUUGUCGACCCACGAUGGGAUCUUUAUCUGGAAAAUCACAGAUAUCUCCAAGAAAAGGCAGGAUGCCAUUUUGGGUCGAUGUCCGGCCAUGUUCUCUCCUCCUUUCUACACCAACAAAUACGGCUACAAGAUGUGUUUACGCAUUUACCUUAAUGGCGAUGGCACCGGUCGGGGAACACACAUUUCUCUCUUCUUCGUGGUGAUGAAGGGACCCAACGAUGCCUUGCUACGAUGGCCUUUCAACCAGAAAGUCACCUUGAUGUUGCUUGACCAGAACAAUCGGGAGCAUAUGAUAGAUGCCUUCAGACCAGAUAUCACAUCUUCUUCCUUCCAGAGGCCGGUCAGUGAAAUGAACAUUGCCAGUGGUUGUCCACUGUUUUGCCCUCUUUCCAAGCUAGAAGGGAAAAAUUCUUAUGUCCGUGAAGACACCAUUUUUAUCAAAGUCAUAGUUGAUCUCACUGGCCUCUAGUGAUUCUUGGAGCUACACCAGUGUCCUUCCUUCACUUUUCAUGGGAUCCCUUGGAAUAAAUAAGUCAACAGUUGCUGCAUGCAUG